AGCUCAAAGAUCUCUGUUUCAACUCCGUUGUCAAGAUGCAGAGCAAAUUGCAGAAGGCACUUGACUCGCUUACAAGAAACAACUUCCAGGCCAGAUUCCAAAUGUGACAGGAAUGCUGGGGUCGGUGUAUUAGUGCAAAAAGGUGACUAUUUUGAAGGAGAUGAUGUUAAAACUCAGGGUCCUGUCCAGAUAAAGAUAGAAAAAUUAGAGCCAGGCAGUCCACCACCCAAGAUUUCUGACAUCAAAUAUGAAUCAGGAACCAAAACAGAAGAUUACUUUCUCAUCAAUUAUUUCUCUGAUGCUCACAACUUGUCAUUCUCUAUGUUUGCCUCCCAAAAAACACACACUGGAAUGAAACUAACCAAUUGUUUAUGUGACGUGGCAAGAUACCAAGCUAAAGUGAAACUCUAUUUCAAAUAUACCCAAGGCCAUAUAAUUCUUACAACUAGUUUUGAUGGUCAGCCUUUAGCCAAAGUCAAGGUGAAACCAAUUAACCCAUAUCAGGAGUCUGAAGAAGUAGUUGACCUUGGUGUAGUAGAAGAAGUUGUCCGCAACGCACUGUGUAUGUCCUCAGUGACCAUCAACAUGUCUGACUACCUGGGAUUGUCAUCCAGUUUUGACUCAAGCCAUGACCUCGACUACAAGCCUCUGGUCACGUUUCCUGAGUUUGAUGAAGAGAUGCCUGUUGUAAGUCAUAAUAUAACCGAUCAAGUUGCUCUCAGUCAUAAAAUAGCUGAGAUAUACAGGCGUACAUCUUUGGCACAACAAUCCACAUUACCAUUUAAAAAGGUUCCAGCUCUAACUGCUCCUCCUCCAAAACCCCCAAGAGGAAUUGGAGACAAACGGCUGUUUGUGAAAAUUAUUAAAGCAACAAGUCUUGGAGGAAGAGAUGUUGGAACAGGUGACCCAUUCUGUGUGAUUAUAAUGGAUAGCCCCUACCAAAAAUAUGAGACCACAGUCGUCAGAAAUACUGUCAGCCCAUUUUGGGAUGAACAUUUCCUCUUGGAUGUUUCUCCAGCAUCGACCCUACUUCGUUUCGAGUUGUAUGACAAGGGAAAGUCCCCAGCUGAUGAAUUCCUUGGAGAUGCAACAAUCUACAUUGAAGACGUCCGGAAAACUCCAAGCAGUCGACAGAUUAUUCCCUUACAGAGUCCUUCUGGCAGUAUGGAAUACCAAGCCGGCUCUUUAACAGUAGAGUUCCUUCUCAUGGAAUCCUAUGAAGUAGAACAAUACAUGGACUCUGCUCUAGGACCAAAGAAUCUCAGAAACAACCAGACCUCUCCACGCCGCCGAGUUGAAGUGUCACGCACCAUAACACCUGGUGGGACGGUAGUUACUACAACUACCACCACCACCCAGCGGCCACAGUACGGCACUCUUCUUCCCGGCAAUCAGAGUGUGCCGUGUGUCGUAGAAAAACUUAGUCCUUAUUCUGAAAGUAGUAAAAACUCUCCAAGUACCAACCAGUCCUCUCCGUCAUUUGCAGGACGGACAGAUAAGCAAGAGUCUUCAGAAAUGAUAGUUAUUAACAAUGUUGAGUCAGUAGCUGAGACGGCCAUCCGAGAACUACUGGAGCGAUCCAAAAGACCACGCACACCCACUAAAACUAGUACAUUAAUUAUAACCAGUGUGAAAAGGGAACCUGUCGUACCUGUAAUCAAGACCAUAGACAGUUUGCCAGGAGAAGAUAAUAUUGACAGUCCUUCUUCAGCCUCCGCUGACAAAUCUCAAACUGGAAGUACUGUGUCCGAUAAAGAGAAAAAGAAAUCCUUCUCUCUGGCCAAGACCCUUAAGAAAAGAUUUGGUCGUUCCAAGGUGCGGUCCCAAAGUGCAGACCGAGCUCAGUCCCUGAAAUCAGAAGGAGGUAGCAACACCUACCUGUCACCAAAUGAGUCCAGCUUCAAGCCUAUGUCCAAAUCAACAGAAGACAUUAAUGGAAUCAGCCUUGAGGUACCACCAAUAAAGAAAUCCUCAUCUCUUGGUGGAAGCCUCAAAAAAUUGUUCCGGCGUGGACGCAAGAGAACACGAGACCCAGGUGAAACAUCCCGUGAGAGUUCCCUGUCUCGUUCAUCAAUGCGUUACCCUGCCUCAUCUCGUGAAGGUUCUAUAGACUCCACUCGCUCUCCAUAUGUUCCAACACUUACAUCAUAACUUAAUGCUAAUAUUAAUCUCUAUAUUCAAGCAGCAAUGAACCUGACUUCAACAUUGUUUCCGACUGCCAACAUCUGAAUGGGAAGACAGUUGCUGCUUCCAAUGAGAAUAUUUUGAAACAAUGAAAUCGAGUGGUAAGACAAGAAUCCUAGAUGUAAUCAGGAAGUUUGUUUGUGUUUAGUAAUUUGAUCGGCAUUUUCCUUUUUAAACUUUUUGCAUAUUUACACUUGAAAUCUUCUUGAAAUCUUUUCUGAUCUUCAAUAGAAUUAAGAGACAGGAUUGCAACUGUAAUCAGGAGUGUACAGAAGAACAAAUAAGACAAAGCAAAAAUAAUCUGAAAUAAAAGGAAAGAUUGUCUAAUUCACCUUUUUAUACAUAUUUUUUAAAAUAAAAUAAUCACCCAAAAUGACAUUUGCUUGACAGCUUGGUUACACCAUUCUGUAAAAUAAUUAUUCAUUUCUUUAACAAUACAGACAUUGCUUUAUGAAUGAGCUUUCAAAGUGAAGAAGGAAAAGAAAUUUACAGCAAUCAUAACUUUCUCUAAAAUAUAUUUGCAUCACAAUUAAGAGGAAUCAGUGUCAACGAAUGUAGGAAACGGUGACACAGUCUCAGCUUGCUUUAUUUGUUUUCUCUACAGCACUCUCUCCACUUGUAUUACUGUUGUUGUUGCUGUUGUUGUUGUUGCUGUUGAGGAGGAGCUGAGUUGAGCCAAAUUGUUGUUUUGUAUUGUGGAGCUACACACAUACACUCACACACACAAUAAGUUCUUUUUGUCUUCCAUGUUUAAUUCUUUAAUCAUACAAGCUGCGAUGUUAUUCUCUUUCACACACACUCCAUCAAUGUGUACCAUUAUAUUAAGCUAGAUUUAUCUUUCUGUGAUAAAUCUAAAAUAUUGCUGUUUCUGUCUACAAAAGAUUAGAAACAAUUCUUUAUUUCGUAUUGUCACAAAACUCUGCUUCCAUUAUUUAAAUAGGUGUGACAAAAGUACUUUUCUCAACCCCAGUGCAUCACUGGUACUCGUUCUAUAAAGCAGAGAUGGAUGAAAUUUUUCUUUAAUGGGUUUAACUCGAAACUAUAAGUUAUUUCACAGGAUACCAGGAAAUGUCUAGUUUGGCACUGGACCAUCUGUGCAACUCGACUGCCUCAAUUAAAAGUGAAUUUUGACA